AUGCAUGACGGAGGAAUAAAGCAGAUAAACUCAUCAGGAUGCCUCGUAUUAGCACCUUUAAAUGAAACAUUUGAACGUAAAUGUCUAUGGCUACCUGUAUGGCCACAGACUUUACGAAUGGGGCGUCAAACGAGUUCACGUACGAUGCCGUCACCGUCUAAUGGGUUUUUUGAUUCUAAAGUACUAAGUCGUGCACAUGCAGAAGUAUGGACGGAUACAGCAGGGAAUGUUUUUAUCCGUGAUAUUCAGAGUAGUAACGGGACGUUUUUGAACGGGCGGCGGUUGAGUGCAGAAGGUCAAGUGAGUGAACCAGUGGUAUUGCAGACAGGAGAUGUUUUGGAGCUUGGGAUUGAUAUUCUGAAUGAAGAUGAUCGGUCAAUUGUUCACCGGGGAGUAGCAGCACGUAUUGAGUAUGCAGGACUUGCAGAGAUGCAGCCAUCUGAACAUUCAGAAACGCCUAAAAAUACAUGGAAUAACAUAGAUUCGUCAGAUUCAGCAUAUAUGACCUGGGUUGGUACGUAUCGGGCAACUACACCGUGUUUAUACGGUACAAAUACAUAUGAGGGUACGUCGGAGGCAUUAUGUGCGAAAUCACCUGCAUUAGAAGCGUCUUGUAUACCAUCAACAGUAGCGCCUUUAGAAUCGGUAUAUGAAGGGUAUAAUUCUCUAGCAAUUAAUGGUAUACUUCAGAUUUUAAAUAAAAGUAUUAAGAUGACGGAAAUGCAAGCCAAGGAACUUGCUAAUGUGACAAGUAUGCUUAAUUCUAUCCAGGAAGCGUUUUUUGUAGAUGUAACAGGCGUUUUUUUCGUUAUUUCAUCAUGA